CUGCUUAGCUCUCAUAGUGCUCAUAGUGUCUACAAAUAAUUUCGUUCUCAUUCAACAUGUGAUUUUUUGUAUGUGUGGAAUCGCUAUAAUGACAGCAUUCGAUGCAGAUGGGCUGCCCGACGUGGUGCUUCUGCAGAUAUUCAGGCUCUUGAAGUUCUCUGAUCUAUGCAAAGUUGGGAGGGUUUGCCGCCGUUGGUAUGGUCUCUCACGGAGCCAGGCCCUGUGGACGUGCGUGGAUGCCAGUGCACCUGAAAUCAGCUCAGUGCAGAUGGACAGGUUGGCCUCAGUGUUAACAGACUCCGUUCGGUGGUUGUACGUGUCCAGCUUCUUGCACUGCGGCCUUUUCCUGUCUCCAGGAGCUCUGCGUGACCUCCGAGCCCACUGCCCUUACUUGUCCACCCUUGUCAUCAAGAGUGCCCUUUUGACAACUCUUGAUGACUUUGCCCCUGUCACUGUUGGGGACCUCCCACCCACUCUCAAGACCCUUUCACUUCGCCACUCUUUUUUUCAAGUGGACCAGUUCUUCUCACUUUUGGCCAUUCGUAACCUGAGCAUUCUCGACUUGAGCUUUUGCUGGUGUGUCUCAGACCAGGACAUUCCCUUUGUCACACAACUCCCAAACCUUCGUGAGCUCUACCUGGAAUAUUGCGAGGACAUCCGGGACACGGGUGUGGCAUUGGUUGUAAGCCGUGGCCAUAAUUUGAAAACCUUGGCCCUUGAUGGUACUAAAAUCACAGAUGAGGCCAUCCGCACUAUUGCCGAAAACGCAUUUGCACUGGAAAGAUUGUAUGUUGGCAGCACAGCAGUUACUGACAUUGGUGUUUUACACCUCUCUAAAGGAAAGUGCUUUUCAUUACAGGAACUUUGUCUAUUUAGCACUAGGGUUACUGUACAGACAAUGAAGGUGCUGGUUGAUGUUUUCCCACAGCUGCAGUGGCUGAACUUGGAGAACACACUCAUUGAUAUUGGAGAUAGUCACCUAAUUGCCAAGCAUGCACCACCCGGCUGCACUGUUCUUGUGGAUGGGGUACGCUUUCAUCUAGGGGUUGGCUGCAACCAUUCUGUGGACCGGUUGCGACUACAGGACUGAAGAUGCAGCAUGUCUGCCAUGCCAACUUUUAAGUGUGCCUCGUGUGCUGGGGAGCUCAAAGAAGUAUCAUUGAGACAAUGAAAAGGGCCAGAGUGGCACUCGUGAUCAUCAUAAGUGGCCUGAACCAACACUUUUCAUGUGGCCCAUGCGGGCGCUGUAUAGCCGGCUCAUUUCGAGUAAUAGAGCAUACUAUUGGUUUUCACUGGUGUCAACCAUACGAGAGUCAACCAAAAGAUAGCUUGCUUCUCACUACAGAAAUUGGAUGCAGCAUUGUCAUCCUAGAGCAAAGGGGCCCUGAAAUUAUUUCUUAAUGUCAUGUUGGAAAGCAAAAAAAAAAAAUCAGUAGAGCCCAUCUGUGCAACGAUGUAAUGGACUGAAAGUGGCCCCAUGCAUAGAGCACAAGACAUUGAAAACACUAUGGAAAAAAGAAAAGAAAUGCUUGUACCUCUAGUAUCAUCAGAGUGGAGUGAUGUUGUAGUGCAUUUUCUGAUCAUAAUGGAAAUGUUGCUGCUGUCUUCAUAUCCAAGGAAAAAAGCAAAGCUGCAGCUUCAAGGCAAUCACUUCACUGAAGUAGCAUGGAUAUGUCCUUGAGUUGAGGUGUGUAGUGUGAACUUUCAAUUCGGUUUCAACACAAGGUGAAGGCACUUGGUUUUCAGAGAUAUGAAUAUUUGAUUUGUCAUGCUCAUGUGAAAACACCCCGGUGACAUUGUUACAAGGCCCCAUAACAAAUACUUCAAAUCCAGGAUUUUUUUUUUAUUGUUGCACUCUUUAUAAUUUACACUUGUAUAGCCUGACAGAUAUGUGCAUCUUGGCCAAAAAGUGUGAUUACCACUAAAUGCACCAUAUUGCUCACCUCUCUUGUUUUGAAAGGCACUGAAUCUGUGUAGGUGAAAUUGGAUUUCAAGUCCAGUGCAGCUGUGCUUAGUAAUUUUUAACACCACGUACAUGGUUGUUGAGCACCGACUUGGAACAUUUAGUGUGUGAUCACUCAGAGUAAGAAGGGAAAGCCACUGUGUUUGUUACAUCGAAAUGUCUACUUAAGAUAGCUCAGCAAUGUUGCUGAGGUGACAUUUUUACUGCUUACAUGAGUGUGUGCAGGGCACGGUCACCGACAUACAGUGAAUGUCAAGUGUUUUUUUCAGAGGUGUUUUAUGGAUUUGCCUACCUGUGCAUGUUGUUGCCUUGCUUUUAUUUAUUCUUAUUUGUGUUUGCAUAUUAGUUUGUGUGUCCACAGCUUUCUUGCUUUUUUCAUAUGCUAGAAAUGCAUUUACUUUUUAGUAUAAAGUCACCUGCGCACAAGACCGGCAUAAGCGAAUAGCGAGGAUUAGCAAAAAGUGCAGAAUUUUAUUCACCUUUUAUUUUAUUUUUGUAUUAUCUUCAUUAUUAUAUUUUUGUAAGCAACUUUUUCUGGUUAUUGCUUGUGCAAGUUUGACCUGCAAAAACUGACUCUUGAUAUGUGUAUGUCCUGCCUCUUCUGACCUUUUAACUGUCAGCUUAAGCUAGAUUAUUUUACUGUGUGUGGAGAGGGAGUGGUGUCGAUACCACAACAUUGUUUAUACAAAUACCAUUGCAUUACUAUGUGUAUAUUUAUGUCUUACAUGCUGUGUAUGUGCAGUUCAAUAUUGCGUCUAUCACUUCUGGCAGGAACUUCACAAGUAGCUGGCAGGCCAGCAUUUUGAGUGUCCAUGUGGAACCUGUCUUUUGCAAUUGGCCUUUUGCACAAGAAGGCACUGGUAGAGUUUAUGUUGAUGGAAAUUGUGUUUUUUUAUGUGACAGCUCUAUAGCAAUUUUUUUUUUUCUGCCACCUAUAGUACGGUUGGUGGCUUCAAAGUUAAACCGCUUAUAUAUUCUGAUCAUAUUGUAGCUUUCUCUUUGCAGUGUUGAGAAUGGCAGUUAUAAUAUUGUUUUAAGGCAAAAAAUGGACUUUUAGAUUUUGUUUGCUUAUUUAUACUACUCAUUUCAAAGGCCUGAUUGGAGUAGGAUAUACGCCUGUGAGUCUCGCAGGUUUAAUAGGUUUUUCUUAGGACAAAGAUGUGUAGUAAAUGCUGCAUACUGCACAUCCUAAUUGCUUUUUUAUGCAGCUGUUGUUAUAGCAGCUUCCGCUGCCAAAGUCAUGUUUUGAACCUGUGUGUUUGUGUCUGUGUGGGAAGCUGACCAUGUGCUUUGUGGGCUUUGGCCUUAACACAUGCAAGCAUUGAUGUGUUCGUCCAUUUGAGAAGCUAUGUCUAUUUAUUAAUUAUUCACUACUUCCCCACUUGUGGUCUGGAAUGGUUGAAUGAUCAGAGUUCAAGGAAUCUGAAGGGAUGACGCAGCAUGAAAUAUUAUAGUGUGAAGAAAGUAAAAUGUGGAGUUUGACAGAGGGUGGGAGCAGAUGAAGAGCUAACAUGAUUGUCUUUUCAUUUCUGCCCUUUCCUGGCUUUGGAGGCUACAUUGCCACCAUUUAUUUUCAUAAUCAAGUGGUUCAUUUUGCUGCAUUAUCAGCAAAUGUCCCUUGAAAAAAAGAUGUCAUUUAAAUCUAAGCCUUGAGCAAAACCAGAGCCUUGUGUCCUGUAUGGUCUUCCACUGUUCAGCCAAGGACUUCUCAUUGAGUGCACCAUGUUUUUAGGGUGCUGUUGUUUGGCUGCGUUUGUACUUUGUUCAAUGUGUCUGCUGCUAAAAACCUAGGGGUGAUGUCUUUACCAAAGUCUAGGCAGACUGUCUGCCUUAAUGUAGUUGUUAGCCUCAGCCAGGGUGCAGUGCACACCUCAACCGAUAGAUUUUUUAAACAUUUAACAAUAUGCAGUUUUUCAUGACACCAUUGGCCAUAAGUGCAUCAGCCACUCUUUCUGCAAACGUAUUGUGCAAGAUGCUAUGGUACUUUAAUAGUGCAUGGUACAAUAUGCAGUCUGUCAUCACUCAUUGCUUAUUGCAGGUCAACAUCAGAGCACAUAUGUUGACAUCCCUUCUUGUGUGGUUCCUGGGUUCUGUGUUGUACAGGGUAAAUCUAGCUCAUGUAGUGUAGUGUUGAGUGUGUUACUUUUAUGCUUUUUUGAGCACUGUAUAUAACACUAGGCAAGAGGAUUUCUGCUGUUCUGGUCUUUGGACUACGGACUUUGGUGAGGAGGACAAGCUUUAUUGGCACAGCCUGGAAAUUGCAGCUUGUGGUCAUUGCAGAAUAGCUUUGUAGUACAAGUGAUGUCUUCAAUGUCAUAGCUAAGUACACUUAAAACCAAACUAUUCAGAAUACUUUCUCUUUGUAUAUCCAUGAUUGCUCGCUGCAUUUUUCUAAUGUCUGCAGGGUUUUUAAGGAUGUACUGCAGAAAGACUGAUUGAAAUAUUUUGGUGCCGUCACGAUUUUGCCAGACUAUUUUUCCCACUUUGUGCUUCUGCAGUGGCACUCACAACUUGUAGAAUUUAUAGCAGAAGUGUGUGGUUGCCACUGAAGAAAUCUUUAUGGCUAAUGAUGUGGUAAUUUAAUAUUGGCAGGAAAUAUUCAAACAUAAAUAAGCUAGUCUUUUAUUAAAGCUCUCUAAGUAUUGUUAUACCAUGGUAGCCCAGUGGCUAUGGCAUUGUGCUGCUUAGCUCAAGGUCAUAUGUGUGAACCCAGCCACAGUGGCCACAUUCUGAUGGGGGCAGAAUGCAGAAAUGUUUGGUUAGUUAGAUCUAGGUGCAUUUUAAGGAACUUGUGCAUUUUAAAGAGCUUCAAGUGUUAAAAGCUAAGCUAAGGUCUCCCGCUAUGGCAUGCCUCAUAAUCAGGUCAUGGUAUCACCAGCCAAAACUGCAGAAUUAAUUUUUUUCAACAUUGUACUUCGUAAGCAAGAUACAUAGCAAGCAUAUUAUACCACAGCAAAUUACAGUUCAGAUUGCACAUUUAAGUUAUGUGUUCCUCUUAUUUUCAUGUGACAUACAAGGAGUUGCCAUAGAACUUCGUUCUGCAUUAAAGAAACCACCUCUCAUGGCAAAACGUCACGUAUAGACAUUCUUUUCUGGGAGCUGAGAGCACAGGUUUUGUCUUGGAAGUUCACUGAAUUGUAAAUUGCGCAUUGGCAAUUGAUACCUAGAUUUGUUUUUCUUGUUAACAUUAUCAUUGCAAGCAUGUAAUACAACCUGCUUUCCAAUCAUAUAUUCAAGGCAAAAUUGUGUUGUUGAUAUAAUGUUGACUAAGGUGCUGCAGAAGACUAAUUUAUAGUGUGUGUAUGUUCGUUGACAUAGCUAUAUGCCAUUUUGAAUAUUUGUUCAAAAGCAACUAGAGGUGACCCUGAAUAGUGUGAUAUACUGGUAAUAAGAAGUAGUGCUCAUUUAAGCUUAUUUAAUACAUCCCCACUGAAAGAAAAAGUCUAACUUUGAGCGUACUUGUGAAGCCGACAGUAGAAAAAUUGAUCUUGGGUAAUCACCUUGACAAGCAUCCGGGAUCUGUGAUACAUAAGAAAGUUCAAGUGAGAGAAUAAACAUACAACUACAGGAGUAAAGGGAUAAACUAUCCUGUCCGUAUGUUUAGUACUGGUCAGUGUUAUGUGUGUAGUCCAUAGCUACAAAAAAAAAAAAAAUGAAAAGCUUUUAUGAAGUGCAUGUGAGAACUCAAGAAAGAUUGGUAAAGUGGUUUGUAUGCUUGGUCUAUGCAUUUCAAACCAUUCAAAAGCCAAUUAUGCAAUUGUGUGCCUUUCAACAACCUGCCGAAGGCAUAAGGAGUGUUAACAAAGAAAAUGAUGCUGCUGGAAGUGCCCUGGCAAAGAGCGUUUGUAAAGAUGCAUUUGUAGUGGCAUAGCACGGUAAAAUUUUUAACGUUUGAAUGUGUAGUUUAUGCGACAAGAAUGAAAGAGUGCUGAAAGCAGUGUUUCUGCCAUUUCUGUUAACCUUUGCUUCUACUGGUAUGCAUUAGUUUUUUUUUUUCUUUUUUUUUCGCACAUUGCUUACAUUGAUCUGCUGAGUAUUUUGUUUCAUUAUGCAGAAUGUGUGCAUAAAUUGUAUAUGUACAUGUUAAUCCAUGCAUGUUAUUUGAGGAUACAUAUCGUGCUAGUGUUGACAUUUUAAAAAGGUACUUGGAAUAGUGUUUGGAUAUAUUAACAGUCUGAACUGCUGUGGACAUGGUUCUAGCUUGGUGCAAGUGUCGUACUGCAGAGCAUAGCAAUUUGUGUGUCAGCAGUUUUUUGGUAGAAAAAAAAUGUUCGUUCUAGCUGAUUGUCUUGCUUUGAUGAAGUGGGUUUUUUGUAAGAGUCCAUUAAGUGGACAGCCCAUUUCAGCGAACGCUGAUUGGAUAGAGCUCGACAGCUGGUAGAGCAAUGCCAGUCAUAACCACUGCUCUAGAGCACCAUCUAAUCAUCGUGCGCCGAGGCGGACCAUCCUUUUGGUGGACUCUUACAGAAUACCAGCUCUGGAUUCAAUAGAGUAUUGAUGAACAGAACAGUGCUGGCCGUAUUUUUUUCUUGUGCUGUCUAUGUUGGCACUGCUUCAUUUAUACUUGUUCUUGAAAAAUUUUUCAGUGAGGUUUUAGUGACCUGCACCAUCUUUACAUUGUGUGUUACAAUAGCAUAUCGAUAGUGGGCAGCUGUACACAAAGACUUGUAAUGCCACUUCUGUUAAGUUCCUAUGAAAAUGAUUUUGGUACUGUGAACUAACUCUUGUAGGCACACAGAUUUUUUGUUUAGUUUGGUGUCUAUUUACUAAGUGGUUCAGGUCGCAAUAAUUGAUGUCUGUUGUGGAACCACACAGCCCUGCGCAGGUUAUUUCCGUCUUUGUUGAAGCAAGUUUUUUUUAAUUUCUGUGCUAGCUGACAUUACAACUGUGCCAUCAGUUUAGUGCCCUUGCUUCUUCACUGUACAACUUAGCUGUGAUACAUGUAUAUAUGACACCUACAAUAAAUGUGUAUGCAAAUCAUAGUAUAGCA